AUGCCGUUCUUCUCUAGCCGUAGACCCGAAGAGGAGGUUCACGAGGAGCCUGCCCCUAUGCCCGAGAAGAAGCACAGCCUCUUUGGCUCGCGCCACCGCUCGCCGUCCCCAACGACGACUUCCCGGACGCGGACGCGGACGAGCACGAGCAGCUCACGAUCAGAUGCCUCCUCCAACCCUUCCCGUAACCGCAGUGUGCUAUCGCGCACCUUCGGACACGGCAGCAGCCGGAACAUAGAACUCGACCCAUCCAUCGUGCAGGCGCGGGAGCGUGUCAUGAACGCCGAGACGGCCGAGAAAGAGGCCGACCGCGCCCUGGAGGCCGCGCGCUUGAGGGUCCGCGAGGCGAGGAACGAGGUCAAGCGUCUCGAGCUCGAGGCCGCCGAGGAGGCCCGGCUGGCCAAGAUCAAGCAGUACCAUGCGAAGGAGGUGUCGAAGCGCGGGAAGCAUCUCGGCCGUAUGUUAUUUGACAUGACCUGUAAUGCGGACUGCGGUGACAAUCAGUCAGCGAUGGAAACAAUGGGCGGCGGUUACGUCUCUAGUAUCAUGGGCCAUGAGAUCAUUGUUCGUUGA